CGUGCUUAUGCAUGUGUGUAGACGCGCACUGAAGAGGCAUUUCUGGAGCAGCUGGACGGUCUGUACGGCCACGCCGACACGCCUCAAGCCACGCGUGUGAGCAAUGGUGUCCUGGUGUCGGCGCACUGACCAGGCCCAAACACGCAUGCCCACGCCGCGAAGAAGCUGAAACAGCUGGUAGGUCGGCAAUGCAUGCCAGAUCCCAAUUUUGCGGACUGCAAGGAGCGGUCAAAAAAUCGGGUUGUCGCAGGGUAGUGGCUGCGACGGUGGCGCAUGGCCUAAGCUCAUGUGGCGUCGGUGGAGGUCCUUCGGGGCAUGCACGUCGCAACAUGUGAACAAUGAUAUCCUCGCCUCCUUGUCAUUCUCUCUCUCACUCUUCUAUCUGCUCGCCACUAUGACCCGUCCUCUCAACGGUCACCGCGGGACUGAAAGUGCAUCGAGUAGUCGACCUCCAGCGAACCAGGACGUUGAUUAUCUAUCAGCGAGGCCGCUACUGCCUCACUCCUCAUCGGAUGGUCGUAUUGAUUUGGUCCACGACAGAUCACGAACAGCCAACCACAUCAAUCGUCGUUCUGGCGGUUUCUAUGCGUUAGCGAACGGUUUCUCUCACGAUUCCGAUAUCGAAUAUCGCGCAACCUGGGCAGGGAGCGAUCACACUUGGCAGCAAGGAGGGCUCGCUUCUCAGUCUCAGCAGCGGGACCACCAGGACCAUGGCAGAGUUGAUACUCGCGCAAACCGCCUCCGAGAUGCCCAGUUGCAGAGCUUGGCACCACCAGCCCCGAGAUCGAGGAUACACAUACACACAAGACAUCGCACGCCAGCGGAUGCUCCGCUCACGGAUGAGGCUGCAUUCCGCACCAAUGUGAGCGCGUCGGUCACACAAGCACCCUCCGCGAAACCACUACCUCUCCCAUUCAGUCAUGGCAUGAUGUUCACAGUCGACGCUCUCCUGGAUGACUCUGAGGAGGUGCUCGAGGAAACCGCCUUCGCCUCCACCGCGAGAAUCUCCGCACGCCACCAGUAUCAGCUGCCAGCCUUUGGAUCGUUUGGAGACUUCCAGAUUCAAAAUCACCACCUUUUCACCUUCCCAGAUUCCAAUGUGACGCCGAAGGGGAGUCCAACUGAUUCGUGCACACCUACCCCAACUGCCACCACUUUCGCCGAGUCGCAUCGACGUAAUCUAAACGAUGAGCUGCGCAAACUGCAUCCUGCCGCACAGAGACAUGCCGCACAAGCAGUCGUCAAUGCCAACGCGCUCACAAAGGAGAUGCUGUCUGGGACGGAGGAGUUGCUCGACUUGCUGUCGAAGCUCCGCAAGGAACCAAGCUCACCGCGCGUUACGACCUCCCUUCAGCAGACGUCCCCAUCCGUUUCGACAUACAUACCCCCUGUUCAGCGUCCAUCAUCGGUGCACUCCGUCACUGCAACCGGCGUUUCGCGUUCAGCCUCCGUCCGCACCAUCCGCAACAUGAUCCAGCAGAUGCCGUCCUCGCGUCGCGCCACCAUGCUCUCCACAAUCACCAUACCUCACUCGGACGAUAGCGACGAUGGCGAUGCGACCACGGACGGAACCACCACCGGGACAGACGGCAGCCAUACCACAGGGACAGACUCAAGUCCCUCGAGCCCCGAACAGCGUCCAAAGGUUCGAUACAGCGAAGAGCGCGCUCUGGGCUCACUGUUGGAGCUCAUAGAGCAGCGCGGUACCACACAGCCCCAGAUCGACGCGCUUCGUCGGCUCAUGCCCCUUCCUCCAGCGGGAUCACGCCAGUCGACUGGCCCGCGCCGCUCCUUUCCCCAUCGCGCACACACCAAGGUGCGGCGGACCCACAAGAAGCGGCGCUCUAAGAGGGACAAGGAUCGAGAACAGGGUUUGCCCCGCCUUCCUUCUGCGAGUGGGAGUGAGAGCGAUGGUCUCGGCUGGGACAUGUGGGAGGAUGUGGGCAAAGAUGACUUGAACGACUUCGUCAACGAGAUCAUGGACGUCGCACAGUGGUACAACCUUCAUGAGGAGGUCGUGUAGGUUGGCGUGAGCAUGAGCUUCGAGUUUUCAGACGCGAGGCUUCGUGUGAGUGCGAGCAGGCGGUCAAUCGUCCAACCCGUGUUGCGCACGCGAGUCAUCAAUCGAUCACUCCCUGCCGCCGGAUCUUAGGUGGAAGCAGCGCCCUCCUUCCCACGUUUGAGAUGUUGCGGUGAUGGCCCCUCGCACUUCGACAGUAACUGGCUCUGGGUGUGCCAGGGUUGAAUGAGCCGACGCGCUCGACGAUAUAAAUCAUGAUCUCACCUUCCUUCUCCGUUCACCAUUACACACUUCCCAAUCUUGUCAAUUGCCCUCCUCGAGUUGCCUCAUAA